AUGCUGCAGGAGGAGGAAGAGGAGGAGGUCAGAGAGAGAGGAGGAGACCAGGAGGAGGAGGUCAGAGAGAGAGGAGGAGACCAGGAGGAGGAGGUCAGAGAGAGAGGAGGAGACCAGGAGGAGGUCAGAGAGAGAGGAGGAGACCAGGAGGAGGAGGUCAGAGAGAGAGGAGGAGACCAGGAGGAGGAGGAGGGAGAGAGAGAGAGAGAGCCAGGAGGAGAGAGAGAGAGGAGGAGACCAGGAGGAGGAGGUCAGAGAGAGGAGGAGACCAGGAGGAGGAGGUCAGAGAGAGAGGAGGAGACCAGGAGGAGGAGGUCAGAGAGAGAGAGAGGAGACCAGGAGGAGGAGGUCAGAGAGAGAGAGGGAGACCAGGAGGAGGAGGUCAGAGAGAGAGGAGGAGACCAGGAGGAGGAGGUCAGAGAGAGAGGAGGAGACCAGGAGGAGGAGGUCAGAGAGAGAGGAGGAGACCAGGAGGAGGAGGUCAGAGAGAGAGGAGGAGACCAGGAGGAGGAGGUCAGAGAGAGAGAGAGGAGACCAGGAGGAGGAGGUCAGAGAGAGAGGAGGAGACCAGGAGGAGGAGGUCAGAGAGAGAGAGGAGGAGACCAGGAGGAGGAGGUCAGAGAGAGAGAGGAGACCAGGAGGAGGAGGUCAGAGAGAGAGAGGAGGAGCCAGGAGGAGGAGGUCAGAGAGAGAGAGGAGGAGACCAGGAGGAGGAGGUCAGAGAGAGAGAGAGGAGACCAGGAGGAGGAGGUCAGAGAGAGAGAGGAGGAGACCAGGAGGAGGAGGUCAGAGAGAGAGAGGAGGAGACCAGGAGGAGGAGGUCAGAGAGAGAGGAGGAGACCAGGAGGAGGAGGUCAGAGAGAGAGGAGGAGACCAGGAGGAGGAGGUCAGAGAGAGAGAGGAGACCAGGAGGAGGAGGUCAGAGAGAGAGGAGGAGACAGGAGGAGGAGAGGAGGAGACCAGAGAGAGAGAGAGAGAGAGACCAGGAGGAGGAGGUCAGAGAGAGAGGAGGAGACCAGGAGGAGGAGGUCAGAGAGAGAGAGGAGGAGACCAGGAGGAGGAGGUCAGAGAGAGAGAGGAGGAGACCAGGAGGAGGAGGUGACUUUUUGGUUUGUGAGGUGGUUCGAUGUGGGGGGAGAGAGCGAUGAUGGGCUAGUGAGGAGCGAGCUGGAGCAGUUGUUGUGGUGGUUUAGGGCAGACGUGUGUCAGAGGUGA